AGACGCUAGUUCGCACCAAGAUACAGCAGCACAAGAUAGAAAUGGCCGAUGAAGUGAUCAACGCAGGCCGGUUCGACCAACGCACGACACAGGAGGAGCGGCGGAUGACUUUAGAAGCUCUGCUGAAGGAUGUAGACCGGUACCAAGAGGCAGUUCCGGCUGUACCCUCCAUGCGCGAGGUAAACCGGAUGAUUGCCCGCGGGGACGAUGAGCUGGCGCUCUUUGAUAGGAUGGAUGAGGAGGAGGAAUGGCCGGGAUUGGUUGAGGAGGCUUGGGAGGUGGUUCCUUGGCUGAGGGCUAAUUCGAAGCAGGUGGCGGCUGCUGCUGCGACGACUGCCAAGCCUGCGCUUCGGAAACGGAGGAAGGCGGCAUGUUCGGAAGAGGGAGGGGCGGAGGGAGGUUCGGCCGAGCCUGUGGAGGUGGAGGAGUGGAAAGAGGGAGAGAAAUUGGGAGGAGAGGAGGAGGAGGAGGAAGAGGAGGAAGGGGAGUUCAAGAGCGGAGGGAGAGGGGGUAGAGGUGUUGACAGGGGGGAGGGAGGGGAGGUGGAGGAGGAGGGAAUGAUUUUGGGGGAUGGGGAAUUUGAUGGGGGGAAUGAUGGGGAAGAGGAGGAAGGGGGUGAGGAAAAGGACAAGGGAGGAGCAGAGGCAAUGGGGGAUAAGAUGAUGGUGGGGAAGGAAGAUGAAGAGGAGGGUGAGGAGGAGGAACAAGAAGAGGUAGAAGGAUGGGAGCGUGUGGAAGGAAAAGAGGGAGUAGCAGCAGAGGAGGAGGAAGAGGAGGAGAGAGAAGGAGCGGAUGUUCGUUGGGUGAGAGAGAGUGGUGGGGGGGAGGUGGGGGGUGAAGGGGAGGAGGCGGAUGAAGGGGAGGAGGAAGGAGUUGAGAAACAGGGUAAGAGGAGGGUAAAAGGGGUGGUAGAGGAGGAGGUAGUUUUGGAAGAGGAUGAGGAGGAAGAGGAGGAAGAGGAGGAGGAAGGGAUAUGGGUGGAGGGUGAUGGUGAGAGGCUUGGGAAAGAUGGUGGGGAGUUUGCAGGAGUAGGAGUGGGUGUGAAGGAGGGGAGGAAGGGGAGGGGGGGGAGAAGAGGAGGGUACGGAGGGAAAGAGUUGCGGAAGAGGGGAUAUAGAAAGAGGGUGGAAGAUAAAGAGAUGAUGGAAGAUGAAGAAAGGGUGGAGGAAAGGGAGAUGAUGGGAGAUGGGGUGGGAGGUGCAGAGCUUAGGAAAGAUGCAAAGCUGAGGAAUGAUGUAGAGGACUUAACUGGUGAGGGAAAGCGAGGGGGAAAGGAACGCCGCAGGUUUAAGCUUUCCAAGGGAAGUGACGGCAGGCUGAAGCUCUUAAAGGGAGUCCGUGAGGAGCUCAAUAGAGGGGAUGAGAGGGAGGAGAGAGGUGGAGUGGGGAAGGAGGGGAGGGAAGGAUGGGCGGGGAUGGGAGGGGUUGGUGCUGGAAGGAAAGAGCACAGUAGCGGUCACGGCAAGACGAGUGGGGCUGAGUGGCAGGAGGGAGAGAAGGAGGGGAUAGUGGGUGGAGGAGAGGUUAGGAGUAAUGGGAGGGAGAGGAAGGAAAGGAUGGGUGAGGAGGAGGAGGAGAGGAAAGAAAGGAAAGAAAGGGAGGAGGGGAAGGAAGGGAAGGAGGGGAAGGAUGGGAAGGAGAGGUGGAGGGAUGAGGGGCGAGAGGAGAAGAUUAAGCGGGAAGCAGAGCGCGGGAGGGGAGUGGAGAUAGUAAAGGAGGGAGAGAAGGAUGCAAAGGAGCAAGUAAAGGAAGGCAGAGAAGCUGUGAGGAAGGAGGGGAUGGUGUCUGGGAAGGAGGGGGCGAAGGCGAAGCGGAAAGAGAAAGCGGAGAGGAAGAGAAGGGGUGAUAAAGGGGUGGAGGUUGAGGGAGGGGGCGAGGGGGAAACGGCUGGGGAGAUUCAUGUGCUGGGUGGGAGGGAAGGGAAGGCAGAGAAGGGAGGGAAGGGAGGGAAGAAGGGAGUGACGGGAGGGGAGGAGGGAGGGGAGGAGGGAACAGCUAGGCCGGGAAUACAGGUAGAGCCGUUUCGGGUUCCGCGGGUUGUUGCUUCUAAACGCGAGCUGCAGAUCGAGAGCAAGUAUAAUAACGAGUCCAAGGGCGAGGCUUAUAGCGAGUUGGCUCUUAAAGAGUCUCGUGCUGUUCUCCCGAGUCCCAGGGAAAUGAGUGGUCCUGUUGCUGAUGCGGCUACUGCUGGUGGUGCUGGUGCUGGUGGUGCUGGUGGUGAUUCUGGUGCUGCUGCUGGUGCUGGUGCUGGUACGGGGAGGAAGCUAGGACGGAAGAGGAAGCUGGGGGUAGUGGUUCAAGAAGAUUCUAAGGGAGGGACGGUAGGGCCGGUAGGGACGGUAAGGGCGGUAGGGGCGGUAGGGGCGGCAGGGGCGGUAGGGGCAAGAGGAGCGGGAAAAGAGGGAAUAGAGGAAGCGACGGGAAAGGCUGGGCAGAGGAAGGAAGGCGUGCAGGAUUUGGCAAUUGGGGAGGAAGAAAGGGAAUAUACUGGAAGGGAAAGGGGAGGAGGGGAGCAAGGAGAUGGAGGAAGAGAGGAAGGAUUAGACGGAGGAGAGAUACGAGGAGAGAUUGUGAGAGAGGGGGAAAGGGAGAACGAAGAAGAGGGGGCAGGCAGAGCAGAAGGGGAGGUUGGGGAGAUGAAGAGAAGGAGGAGGAUUUUACUGCCUGGUAGGGGUGGAGGGCGUAGGAAGAAGGAUAAGCAUGAUGCUUUGGUAAGUGCUGGUUGGGGUGUGAGGAGGAGCAGGAGCCGCUCUGACCACCAGCAGAGUGCUGCUGGUAUGAAGAAUUUGGAGAGGAAGAGGGAGAGGGAGGGGGAGAGGGAGAGGGAGGAGAGGGGGAAGGAGGAGAUGGAGAAAACAGCGGCAAGGAGAGCAGGAGGUGUUGAGAGGGGAGGUUUUACUGUUGCAGAGAUGCUGAAAGGAGGGAAGAGGAGAGGGGAGAAAUUGCUUCUGCCUGUGAUGGCAUGGGAAGGGGAAAGCGGAGUGGAGGAGAGAGCGGAAGAGAGCGUAGAGAAGGGAGAGGAGAAGAGAGAGGAGAAGAGGGAGAAGCAGCAGCAACAGGUGAGGGAGAAAGCAGAGGAAGCAGAGGCAGGAGGAAUUCUUGUGAAAGGGGCGAAACAAAAUGUGGGGAUGGGUGAGAGGCGGUACGGUGAAGAGGAAGAGGAGGAGCAAGUGGGGAGGGAGAAGGGGAGUGGUGGAAGGGAGAGUGGGGGGUGCAAAUUGGAGGAGAGGGAAGAGAGGGAGGAGAGGGAGGAGAGGGAGGAGAAAGGAGCAAGUGAGACGUCACUAGGGGGACGAGGAGGCGUAGGGUUCCCUAAAGAAGGCUCGGAAGCUUAUGUUGAUAGGGAUUAUGCUUAUAUGGAGGAUUUGGAGCAGAAGAAAUUAGAGAAUAAGGAUGAGGGGAAGGGCGAGAAGCAAAGGGGAGGUGACGACAGGAAGGAGGAUGAGAGGAGGGAGAGCGGGAUAGGGCUUGAAGAGCCAAGAGUAGAGAGGGGUAUGGAGGUCGAUAAGGUGAAAGAUGAUAAAGUGAAAGGUGAUAAAGUGAAAGGUGAUAAGAUAGAAGCUAACAUCUUGGAUAGAAGAUACGGUUUGGCGGAAGAAGAAGGAGCAGAAGUUACAAUGGAUGUGGGAGGAGCAGGAUGGAGGAAGGAGUGGGCUGCAGAAGAGGCGAAGUUAGGGAGUGGGGCAGGUGGGGAGAGUCGUGAGAAAGAAGAGCGGGUGACAGGACAGGACAGGGACAGGAAAGAGCAGGGACCGGAAAGAAAGGAGGGAGAUGGAGAGGAGGAACGAGUGAUGACGGGAAAAAAGAGAGGGGACGGGGAGGAAGGAGGGGAGGAUAGAGAGAAGAGAGAGCGAGAGGAGGAAGAGGAGGGAGUAGGGGUAGGGAGAGGUAAGGAGAUCGUGUUCGCAUUGAGUGUUAAGACUGGACAGAGGGAUGGGGACAAGGCGAGUGGGAGGAGGGAGAGUGGAAGGGAGAGUGAGAGGGAGAGCGGGAGGGAGAGUGGGCGGGAGAGUGGGAGGGAGAGCGAGAGGGAGACUAGGAGGGAGAGUGGGAGGGUUAGAGAGGGGGGUGAUGGGGUGGUGGUUGAAGGGAAGAGGGUGGUGGAAGGCCAUGGAAGAAGUGAGGAGAGGAGGAGGGACGAGAGUAGUAGGAGGGAGGAGAGGAGUAGUGAGGAGAGGAGGAAGGAGGAGACGAAGGAGAGAGGCAAAGGAGAGGAGAGUGAGAGAGGAAGAGGGGAGGUGGGGGAUAGAGACAGAAGAGGGAGGGAAGGAGUGGUGGAUAGAAAGGGAGAGGAGAGGGAUGAAAGGAGAGACAGGGAGAGGUCUAGAGGAAGUGAGAAGGAGAGGAAACGGGAGGGGGAGGAAGAAGAGAAGGUGCGCAGGGAGAGGGAGAGGGAACGAGACAGGGAGAGGGAAAGGGGAAUAAGGAGGGAGGGGGAGAAAGACGGGUUGAGAGAGGGGGUGGGGGAGAAGGGGAGGGCGAGAGGGGAGGAGAGGGAGAGGGAGGAUCGUACUGUUGAUGUGGGAAGCGAGAGGUUAAAGCAGGAGCAUCGAGCUUUGGGGAGAAGAGAGAGAAGCGAGGCCGGGAGGGAGAAUAGGGAGACUAGAGAGAGGAGAGAGAGCAGGGAGAAUAAGGAGAGAAGGGGGCGUGAGAGACGAGGAGAGGAGGGGCAGUUGGAAUGGGGAAGGGAUGGGGAGCGAGAGAGAAGUAGAGGGCGGGAGAGGAGGGAGAGUGAGAGAAGCGAGGAGACGGGAAGGAGGGUUACUGCUGAGGGGAGUAAAGAUAGCAGAGGGAUGUUUACUGAUGCAAAGAGAGACAGGGAGGAAAGGGAAAGCAGGGAACGAAGGGAGAGGCUGGGAGUUGGUGGGGAACGGGGAGAGGAGAAGCGGGGAGAGGAGCGGAAGAAAGAAAGGGGUGUAAAAGGGGUAGAGGGAGAGGAGGGAGUGGGAGGGAGGAGGUGGGUAAGCGAUAGUGUUUUUCCAAGGCAGGACUCUAAGGGUAGAGAGGAAGGAGAAGAGGAAGGGAGGGCGAGGGGAAGGAGGGUGGAUGUUCAAGAAGAGGGAGAGGAGGGAAGGAGGAAGAGAGAUGUUGAGAUUGGUGGUGGCAGAGAGAAGGGGAAGGAUGGUGGGAUGAUGGUUUUUCCAAGGCAGGACUCUAAAGGUUGGGAGGAAGGACAAUCGGAAGGGAGGGGGAAGAGAGAUGCGGGGAUUGAUGGUGGUAGAGAGAGGGGGAAGGAUGGUGGGAUGGGGAUUGCAGUAGGCUUGGUGGGUAGGGAUGAAAAGGGAGGGCCUUGGGAGAGGCAGUGGAGUGAGGGAGGGGAGAGGAGAGGAAGUGAGGGAGGAGGGAGAAAGGGAGAGAUGCAAGAGGGUGUGCAGGAGGGGGCGAAGGAGGGAGAAGAGGAGGGGGAGGAAGGGGAGGCAGAGGAAGGGGAGUGGGAGGAGGGAGAGGAGAGAGAGUGGGGAAGAGAGGAGGGAUGGGAGGAGGGGAAAGGGGAGUGGGGAGAGGGGAUGGAGGAAGGGGAGAGGGGGGAGGAAGGGGAAAUGAAAGAGGAGGGUGCAAUGCAGGUGGGACAGGAGCAAUGGCAGGUGAAUCGUAAUCAACUGGAAGGAAGAGGAGAGAGGAUGCAAGAAGGCAGAGGGGAGCGAGGGGGAGAGAGAAACGAGAUGUUGGGAGGUGGGAAAAGAAAAUGGGUGUGGAAGAUUCAGGAGGAGACUGUAGUGGGAAGAGAAGGAGAGAGAGAUCUGGCUGAACGUUUACCACCACCACCACCACCACCACCACCACCGCCGCCACCAAGAAUGUCCCUUGCUUCUGGCUCUGCUGUUGCUGUUUCUGUUUCUGGUUUUGCUGCCGCUGGUGGUUCUUCUGCUGGUGCUGCUGCUGGUGGUGCUGGUCCUGGUUUCGCUGGGGUGCAAUUGCUGCCGCCACCACCCCCACCUCCCGGCCCCCCACCAGAGAGCGCAGUGCGGUUGAGUGCGGUGGGGAGUGGUGAAGGUAGAGGACGAGGAAGAGGGAGGGAAGGAGGGAGGGGUGGGAGAGGAGGAAGGGGGAGAGGGAGAGGAGGGGGGAGGGAGGGAGUGGGGAGGGGAGGGCGAGGGGGAGGGAGAGAGGAGGGGGGAAGAGGGCAGGGGGGAAAAGGAGGGGAAUUUCCUGGAAGGGGGAUUUCAACACCGAGGGGUUUCCAGGGGAGGGAUGAGAGGGACAGGUUCAGUGGCAGUGAGGUUCGGAAUGAGAGGUUUGGCGAGGGUGAGGUUUGGGGAGACAGGUCUGGGGGGAAUGAGGCUCGGGAUGACAGGUUUGCUAACCCUCCGGGCUUCAGGUCAGGUUCGGAAGAGGGAAGGGAACCAGGAGGAGGAAGGUUCGGCACAGCAACAGCAGCACGUGCGGGUGGGGGGAUGAGGGAGGGAGGAGGGAUGAGAGAGGGAGGCGGGAUGAGAGAGGGAGGCGGGAUGAGGGAUGGAAGAGGGAUGGGCGAGGGAGGGGGGAUGAGAGAGGGAGGAGGGAUGAGGGAGGAAAGAGGGAUGGGGGAGAGACGAGAGACGGGUUUUUCUUCCCCCCCACCAUUACCGCAACUGCAUCCCAAUCACCCUUCUGCUUCCUCCCACCAAUCCUCUCACCCCACUUCCCUGCCUCCUCAUUCUGCCGGACCUAUCUCUGGGGGGUACCAAUCGGUGGUGCAGGUGUUUGAAGAUGUUCGGAUGGUUGUGGAGGGGUACUUGCGAUGGCACAAGGGCAACCGAGAGGUAUCAGUGGAGCUCCACCACUUCCUCCGCAUCUUCUUUCAACAACUAACCCUGCUUCCACCUCUUCCUCUCCUCCUGUUUCUCCACUUCCUUGGUGCCUUGCAGUCCUUAUCCUCCCCAUCCCUCGCAUCCCCCCCAUGCCCCCCAUGCACCUGGCCCCCACGGUCCCCAUCCUCCUCAGGGGCGCCAGGGUUCGGUGGCAAGGAGGUCCUGGAGAAGGCCCGGGACAUCCAGGAGGAGGGAUGGGAGGAGGGGGAAGGGGUGGGGGGAGAGGCGGAGGGAGAGGGGAAGGGAGAGGUAUGGGGAGGGGAGAGUUUUCUGGGGUGGAAGGUGGAGGGAUGA